AUGUCUCUUGACAAAUCGUUCACAUCAGGUACUAUCAGUUUGUGGGAUGUGCUGUCAUGCAAUUCAAGGUUCUUUGUACGGUUCAGCACAGCUGUUACUUGUGCAGGUGGUAGUAUUCUCGUAGUCGAUCUUUUCAUCAAGGCAACAGGUGUCGAUGCAUCAGGACUUCCCCGCAAAUACCGUAUGACUCUGCCUAUUUCGCUGUUACAAACGGUCACACAAGCAUCGUUUGCAUCCUUCUUAUGCAUGGCACCCAUCCUGAUGGUCCAGGAUGCUGUUCUUCGUGGGGAGAACCCUCUGCCUGCUGCCAAAGAGGCACUAUCGAUCCUUGAUGGCAACGAUAAUUUGAUUCAUCCUAACCAAUUUAUACAAUUAGAGAAACCUUCCAAGUUUCAGUUUGUCGACCCAUCGAAGGGUCGUCACAAACAACACCAGAAUGCUCUCAAACUUGACCGGUUUGUUUAUCACAGCUUCGAUGGUCCCCAUGCAGGCCCCGCUGUCAAUGACAGGAUGACGGUGUCCACUUCAUCCCGUGCCAAGGACAAGCCUGAGGUCGAGCAUCCCGCGAAACGUAGCUCAGAACCAUUGGUCAACGUUGACUUGUGUUGUCAUUGUCAUUGUCAUGCCAAGUCCCACUCAGAGGCAGUUGGCGCAAUGGCUGUGGCUGCAGCUGUUCCAACGUCAACCGUGAUGGAAUCAGACCCAGAUUUGAUGGACUUUAUCAACUGGCCAGAGGAGCACUAG